AUGGUCAUUCUAAAAAAACGCGUUAUUGACUAUGAAUGUAGAACAUUCCGCAACAUUGCCUUUGUUUUAUGUCAUUUUACAUGUUUUGGUGUUGUUUGUCUGCACAAGUACGUGAGGUCAAGUCUGCUGAAGGUCGAGGUAACAGUGGCCUGUUUUGGACUGCGCCUUCCUUUGUACUGGAGAGGCUUACAACAUUCCUCGGUUGAUAUUUAUAACAGCUUCAUGGCUCAAUGUGAAUCAAAUGAAGUUGUAGAUUUACAUGAAUUCCCCUUCUUUCAUUCCUAUAUCUCUGACGUGGAAUCAGCUGAUAUCGCCUCAAAUUCUGAAUCCCAUAUAAGUUUCAAUAUGUUCGGGACGUGUUCUUUAAGAAAUGUUCGGCGUAUUAUGCGUCAGAGUCGGCGUCUGAAACCAUUAAGAGUUCACUUACUAAAAUCUGUAUUGGAUUUAUGCAAAGCUGCUGAUUUGGAGCCAUUUGUUUAUGGUGGCACAGCUUUAUCUGUAUUCCGUGAAGAUGGAAAAUUCAUAUCACAUGAUACAGACAUUGACUUGGGCAUUUUAGAAUUUGAUUCUAAUGGAAACAGUUCGUACACUAAACUGAUUCAUUGCUGUUUAAAAAAUGGUAUAAGUGUUUUCGGUGUGGAAAAUAUGGAUGAAUCUUUACUAAUCAGUGUCAAUUCUGAUUUAUAUGUCGAUUUUUCGGCCAGUAUCUGUAGACGUUUUUGGCUUAAAGCGCAGAAAUUCAAUAUGUCUGAAACCAUUGAAGAGAUACCAUACAAUGGAUGUGAUUGCAAACGCAUUAAGUUCUUUUUCAGCACUAAUGGUUUACUUAAAGCCUGUGAAUUAUAUCAUUUAAACUCAAAAAUUGUAAGUCAUAUACAAUCGGAUCCAUCAUUAGUACAUGUGGAUUUGUUCACUCUAUCUACUUAUCCAGAUUCCUCCGAUGACAUAAAGCCUUUGCUUGUAAACUGGAAUUUGCCCGGUAUAUAUGACUGCAAAAAGAAAUUAUUCCCAUAUAAUUCUUUCUUUCCUUUAAUACCAUGUACAUUCGAAGGUGUAAACUUGCUAGCUCCGCAUGACUUAAAAACUUAUUUAACUAUCGAAUACGGUUACUUGGGACGAGAUGCUGUGUAUGAUCGUAAAAAGCAGUUGUAUGUAAAAAUUCCUUCAAAGUUUUCUUCUCAAUUACCAUCGUACUUCACAUGA